UUUGUUUGUUUUGUUAUUGUUGUUGUGUUUUUUUUCUAUUGAGUUUUUUCUGAAACUAAAAGCCUCAAUGGCUUUUGUCAGUGUUCCCCAUGAAGCUGCCCUCACAGUUGUACUGACAUCCUUGCUUGGAUGUGUGCAUCCAUUCUUGGAGUGUAAAAGUAUCCAUUCUUGGAGUGCAAAAGUAUCAUGUAACUGAUGUCAUCUCUCCAUCUGCCAGCUGUGCUAAUGAAUAUCUGCAGCAGUACCACUGGAAAUACUUCAGAAACAGGGCAGGUUUUAAAAAAUGAAAUAUGCUUCACAGUAUUAUUAUUAUUAUUUUUUUACAUUUCAGUUUACAUUAACAAUAAAACACUUUGCCCCAAAUUAAAUGUUUCUGAAAAUUCACUUCAGCUGAUUUUUUUACACAUGGAUAAAAAGUUUGAUGGAAAAGUUUGUGUUUAUAUUUUUGAGCCUUAUAUAUAUCAGUAUAAUUAGCUCAACAAAUAUUACUUUAAGUUACCAAAUAGAAGUAAUAAAACACAAUCCCAUCUACAAAUAGUAGAUGGGUAAGAAGGGCUGCUCUGUUUUAUUACCUCCAUUGAUUCACAGAGAUAAAUCACAGAGCAUUUUUAAAGACUUGGGCACCAACACUUUAGAAAUUAAACCUGUUGCUUUAAUGGGCAAUUAAAAUAUCUGAGAAAGAGCCUUUAUAAGGAGCUCUGCAAAAACUUGUAAGUAAAGUUCACUGUCAUUGUCUCCCUGAACUUGAACCAACAACAACCUGGAUCAACAAAAGAAACCCCAAACAACCAAAGAACCCCAUUUCAUACCAAAGGUCGAUCAAAACUCCUUCUAAACUGGGUUCCCCUUCUGACCCCCUCACCUCUACAAUACAAAGCCUACAACUUAAAUCACAUUUUCCAAAAGUAUCUGCUUGAUUUUGUUCCUAGUUUCCACAAGUCAUAGAAACACUGUAGCUGUCCAGCUGUCCAGCAGCAUCAACAAGUGAAGUGUUUUGAUGAGUAACAAUCACCACAUGUCUAAUGAUCCUGCUUUUGAAAGCUAAUCUUUGAUGUUUUGCCCUUUGGAAGUGCUUGUGAUAUAUCUGGCGACAGACACAACACAGUGGGACAGGGUAUGAUGCUACUCUCUUUUCUCAGAGUUCUGCUAAUAAGCUUCACCCACUGGGAAAAUAAGAGCGCCUAUCUGCAUCCAAGUGCAGGUCCACCUCAGGUAACCAAGCAGAACCCUGUCACUUGGCUUUGCAGUGUUCCUUGGCAGGACGGGGCCAGGGUGCCUGUUCUGCACUGGCACCUCCUCACAGGGCUGAAUCACAUGCACUGCACUGACUGACUUGAGCCACUGCUGACCAAGGCUCCGAGCUUUUUUACUUGAUAGGGGGGGUUGCUGGAGAUCAUGGAGGAGGAAACUUAGCAUCAUUGUCAAACUCCACACAAAUUUUUCAUAAAUUUGUAAAAACAGUAAAUGUGACUCACCCGGGGCCAAAGACUGCAUACAUGGGGAUGACUGCAGUUGAGUUUGCUUUACCUUCCCUGUGUGAGCGAGUGGGCGGGGUGUUCCCAUCACUCUCUGCUCCUUCAUUUUGUGGUUUGGACUUCUUUUGAUCCCACAGAAGGCUCAUUGACAGCCCUUUGUGAUGGGCUGAAAGAGUGGUCCAAGCAGACUACUUUUCAGGGUCUUGUUCAGGGUCUUGUCCAGGUAUGCUGCCUCAUCUUUUACCCUUGAAAAGCUGUUUUGACUUGUUCCGAAGAAACUGGCAGAAGAAACCUGGCCUGGUUCCUACAUGAAGAUUUGGCCAGACUCCCAAGCAUGACUCUAAAGGUCAGUGGUUCACUUCUGUGGAAUGCCAGUCCUCUUUGCUGUUUUUUCCUCCUCUUCCUGGUCCCCUAAUCUCAUAAACCAUGUGGGUAGAGGCGAGAGGGGGAGGGGGAGGAGUAUGUGAUGUAACCUCUGCUCCAGCAAAGUUACCAGACAACAAACACCACAGUGCCCGCAGCUCACAGUGGCUUUACAGUGGGUACUGCUGAACUGCUCUUGAGAGGUGUGAAAAUCCACCACAUCUGUGUGAGACCUGGCAGGGGAUGUACUCACCUCACUGGUGGAGAAGAAAGCUGAGCACGGUGUCUGCUUAAUGCCCUUGAGGCUUCAUGUUUUGCUGCCUGCCGUGUGAGCCCGGAGGGAGAGGAGCAGCGGCUGUACACUGAGGACACCCCUGGAGAAAGGGAGCCACGAAGCCAACUGUGCACUGCUGGGGUAAGUCUGCUCUUGCUUCCUAAGUUUUCCCAUUCAUUUCAGGCUGGGGGUUUAGAGGAAGCAAAGGAAGUGGAGUGGAGUUGAGCUGGAAUGCGUAUACUUUGUCUGAGGGCAUGUAACCACAUGAAAUCCCUGCUGGCUUGACUGAGCCAGCUGAUAAUCACUAGCUAAUCUCUCUGCUGGCAGACUCUGCCUGGAUUACAAGGGCGUGUGUUUCUGUGUCAGGAUGUGUAUGAGAUGUGCUUGUCCUGAGGGUCUCGGGAUAUGUGUCAGAGAAAGACACCAAAAAGGGUUAUGACUACAAUAAACGACAGCAGGACAGAAAUUUGUGCAAGUAUGGUUCUGUCACUGACACCAUGAGGUAUGCGUGGGUGUAUGGCAGGCUGUGAGGUCUGCAGACAUGGUGUGUAGGUACAGCAAGUCCUGUUGCUUGCUCCAUUUCACCAGAGUAAAUCUGUAUACAAUUGGAUUGCAGCAGAGCCUUGUUAAUUUUAACAGGUUUUAUCCAGAUGUGCAAAAUCAAAAGUACAGUUGGUAAACAGUGCCAGAUAUACUCUUAGGCAUUUGUAGUACCAGGAAGAACUAUGUGGUCUGAAGAAACUUUAUAUUCAUAAGAUUCCUUAAAACACAUUUGUACCAGUUAUAAGAUGCCUUAUAUUAGGCUACAGUUUCCCUGCUGUGUAAUGCACAAGCUACUGUGCUGCAGGGAUCCAGCAAGCACAGGAGAGUAGGAAACAGGUCCAAAGGAGGCGGGGUACUCCUAUACUCAGUGGGGGUGCUCCUGUACUCAGCAGUCUAUGGAGUCAAAUGAGUAAAUGUGCUUUUCUCAGUACCAGGAGGAGAUAAAACCAGGAUGAAGCUGCUCCUGUGUAUUUGCUAAUGGAGAGAAAUAGGGCAGAUAACACAAGCUGUUGAAAGUAAUUGCAGGAAAAUGUUUUCUAGGUGAAUUUCUAAAUGCCAUUGAAAAGCUCUUCCUUCUAAAGGAAAGCAGAGAAGAGGAGUAUAUUAUAUAUGAGUACUCUAAUAUACUGUAUUAUAGAAUGUAUACAAGAUAAAGCAAAAUUAACUUAGUGUAUCAGUUGGGCCCCAGAAAGCCAAAUAGCCAACAUAGCUCAGUCAACAUCUCUGGAGUUGCAACAGUACUGAAUUAAGCCCAAACUGCCUGCUAGCACUGCGCCUCUCCGUGAGUGCUCACAGAAGGAUGCAGUUAUCCCACCUGGUGUGUAUCCUUGUGUGAAAGUCCUGCCUACACUGCGUUAGAAAAAAAGUCACACGAUUGACUUCCCAACAUGGUACACAUUGCUCUUGCCUCUGGGACUUUGCAUGCAGCUCCUUAGAAUACUUCUGGAGGGGGAACUGAAACAAAAUGUCAAAAUCUGGGAAUUGAAGUUAAAUAGCUAAUCAUUACAGGGGGGUUAAUUACUCUAAUCCUCAUCCAAAAUUUCAGUUUCUACAGAAAGCAAACUAUUUUAUUUUAAUUAGCUCUAGUCCUGAGCCUUUGUUUAAGGAGCUUCCUUAUUCAAGACUCAGUCAAGACUAGGAUAAAUGGGGUUAAUCUGAACCUGGGCAUGCUAAUUUUAAUUUCUUUCUAGAGCUUGAGAUGGCUUCAACUUGGCAGAAAACUCAGGAAUUCUACAACUGGGUCAUUGAAAGUGGAGACCCGAGGACAGACCCGUGGCCCCUGGUGCACUCUCCACUUCCAGUCACACUUCUCUUUGCCUUCUACCUCUCGGCCGUGGCAUUGGGACCCUCCUACAUGCAGAAGCGGAAACCGCUGAAGCUGCGAGGCCUGCUUGUGGCCUACAAUCUCGCCAUGAUGAUGUUAUCAACCUACAUGUUCUAUGAGUUUCUGGUAACUUCAAUCUUGGAUGACUACAGCUACCUGUGCCAGCCAGUGGAUUACAGCCAAAGUGAACUAGGAAUGAGGAUGGCAAGAGUGUGUUGGUGGUUCUUCUUCUCCAAAGUCAUCGAGCUACUUGAUACGAUUUUCUUUAUACUACGCAAGAAACAAGAACAGGUGACUUUUCUGCAUGUGUACCAUCAUGGCACUAUGCUGUUCAACUGGUGGUUGGGGGUCAAAUAUGUGCCUGGAGGACAAGCCUUCUUUAUUGGGAUGCUUAACUCCUUUGUACACAUCUUCAUGUAUGGCUAUUAUGCUCUGUCCAGCCUGGGACCACAAAUGCACCGUUACCUGUGGUGGAAGCAUUACCUAACCAUCAUGCAGCUGAGCUCAGGCAGUAGCGCUGUUCUCCAGGCAGCUUUUCAUGGCAUCAUCUCCCGGAACACACCAGUGAGCCACAAGACCGAGGACAGAAAUUCCGUGUGGGGAGGGUGUGAGUCAUGAGAUGAUACUGAUGAUUAGGAAGAUACCCCCGCAGAGACUGAAACCAAACCUAUUUAUUUCUUGUCAGCUUGGGUUAGAAGUUGCUGAAAAUUUUCUUCUGGAUAAACAACUGUGACGUCUCCAUCAAGUAUACAUUCUCAGUGAGUUGGACUUCUUCAUUCAUCCUGUUGAAACUGUGUCUGCUUGGAGAUUUCUCUCAUAGAGGAAUUGUUCAGCAAAAGGAGUGUCCAAGAGUCUCAGAAAAGUUUAAACGCUUUGAACGCGCUCCCAGGCACAAGAAGACUCUACUGCUUGAGAUUCUGUUUGGAAAUAAUUGAGUUCUUGUCAUAGACUGGGCAUCUUCUACCAGGGUUCUUAUAUGUUAUAAUUUAUCAUCGUUCUGGAAGAAGAUUCAAGGGUUUGUUCUUUUUCUUUUAUGUGCAUUCUUCUUUGUUCAUUGUAUUCUUGAGAUGUGUUGCAUCUCUGGAGUUUGUGUUUCUAUUUUUAGCAUAAAGUACUGUACAUACAAGUCUAGAAUGAAUCUGGAGAUUAGUCUAAUUUUUCAUGUGACUUUGACCCAAACAUUUUUCUGUUUAUAUUGCUAUAUCAAAACUGUGCAUUACCUGUAUCCUUUAUGCCUUUUUCCCAUCUGUAACUCAAUAAAAUUAUGUCCCCAUUCUGCAGAACCAUA